CUCCAUUCAUAUUCUGAGCAGAGCGCAAGAGCACUAUGUCUAUGAAAAAUAAAUAGUUGGAAAGCUGUAGCCUUUUUUAAAUUUUGUCUCGAAAGCGGCGCCAAUAAAUAAGAAAAGCAGAAAAGACAUCUUAGAAAAUGUAUAUACAUACAUACAUAUCUACCAUUUUAGACCAAUUUUAACCAAUAAUUCGCCGUAAAACAAAUAACUAAAAAAAUGAAAGGAAAAAUUGAAAUAGAAUGUGCCGUCCAGCAUCCUUCGGACAAUGCUCCCAUUGGUAUUCCAUUCCCUGCCGGUGUUCGCGCAUCAAUUCGAUUUUAAACCAACCUAUUAGUUAGAACAUGAAUAAGGCCGUAACAUCGUACUGUUUCUAAAAAUAGACAUUUUAUUUUUAAAAGUCGUCAUAGUUUUCGGUUCGCGAUCGCGUUUGGCACUGUAUUGUAGCGUCUGCCUUCUUGUGUGUAUAUAUAUAAUAUAGAAAUCAGUUAAGUGCAAAAAUAUAAGUAACAAACAACACAACGGUCACAACAAUUCGGAUGCUCCAUUAAGAAUGGCCGAACUGGUAAAAUACCGAAACGGCAUACCUCCGGUCUUGAAAAACUGUUUGCAACAGCAAAUUAAUAUUGGGUCCCACAAAUGGUGCACCAGUCUUAGGGACUAUUCAAGAUUUAACACGACCUUCUGCUUGGCGGUUUUAUUUCUGUUGGUGCGGCCCAUAAUUCCAGAAGCAAUUGUCCGAGUUGAUCCUUUAGCAACAACUCGGAAGAUCGAUCUUUCGUCGUUGGAGAACAAAUCAUUGCUGGCUGCCACUUUACGGACCCAUCAACGUGCCGGAUGCGACUUUGAAGUACUAUUACUCAGCUGUCCUCGAGGCACAAGUAUUUCCAUUGAACUGGCUCAAUAUGGACGCGCAGGAGAUUUAACGGACCAUAGUCUUUGCCCUUCAUCGCAAGAUCUUCUCACUACGUCCGAAAGCUCCAGCAAAGCUGUAAAUCACAUGGGUACCGACAUUAAAGUUAACCCAUCUGAAAUAUGUAAUUUAAGCGGGUUACAGUACUCUCUACUGCAGACCGUGGUUGACCAUUGUCAGAAAAAGCAACAUUGUAAGUUCGCCGCCAACUCGAAGAUUAAAUCAAUUGGAAAUAUAUGCGAUGGCGUUUCUAAAUUUAUCGAAAUAUCUUACAAAUGUCGUCCAUAUGAGUUUCGGAGCAAGGUAGCCUGUGAGAACGAUACAAUGCCUCUGAUGUGCAAUCCAUACUCUCGUAUAGCUAUAUACAGUGCGUCUUUUGGACACCUUCAACGAGGAAAUGUGCUGUGUGGACAGAGCACCAACGCCGAUUAUAAUAGAAUAUCAAUGGCUAAUUCCAGUUGCCUAGUUUCGUAUGCAACGGAAACUACCAUGCAAAUAUGUCAUGGACGCCGUCGUUGCACAGUAGUUGCGGAUACUGUGACAUUUGGACGGCCUUGUGUAGCCGGUUUCCAGUUGCACCUUAAAGUUGUGUAUACUUGUAUUCCUCGAAAGGUUUUAAAGGAUCGUUAUGAAACUCUGCCCGAGCCCGAUGAACCAAAACAGUCAGAAGUUGACUUAGAUGAAGAUGAAAUUUAUGAUGAGGAUCAAUUUUACAAAGAGUCGGAGGCUAUACCACCUUCCCCAAAAUUGCAAGGUGCAGUCGCGGAAGGGAAAAUAUCUUCAAAUGAAAAGGUGGACACAGAAGCUUCGUCAAACUCUUAUGUGCCUACAGAUCCUACCCGAGAUAAAAGUUCGUUAAAAGAAAACCUUCUAUUAUCUGUGGGACUGAUGAAUCGAAUUAAAAUGUCUAUAACUCGUAAAUUUAUUCCCGACGCGGAAAAUGCCUCAGCUUUAGAUGAAAAUGAUAUAAAUGUUGAAGAACGUUAUUUUACCACUUGGAAGCCGAGUCAUACCAAAGUCGAAAAAAAAAUUUUAAAACGCAGAAAAUGUGUGGAUACAGACGACUGGGGUAUUAUAGGCUUAAAUUGUACGAGUGAGGACAUCGGAAUAGAACACGUGGAAGUAGUUGGCUUUUUAUCAAAUUGGAUUGACAGCUAUAUUUAUAUAAAAAAGCAUCAAAAAAAGUUUUAUCUUUACCUUAUCAUAUCUGUGGCCAUUGGAUUAGUCCUUCUUCUAAUGAUACUGAUUUGGAGGAUAACAAUUCAAAAACGUUAUGAAGACUGUGAAACUCAUAUGUCCAGUGCAGAAAACUCUAAAACAGCGGAGGAAGCUUUGAAUGUCAUCACAGAAAAUCAGCAUAUAGGUCAAGAAAUAGACUGUGCUCAUCUACCGGAACCUAUAAGGGAUUAUAGCUGUGCAAUUAACCGAGAUAUGAAUUUUAAAUGUCAGAGGCUCAGCUUAACAUCCCGGAACAAAACCGCAGAGACAUACCUGCCGAUUCAGAAUUACCGAUCUCAACCACCUGUAACUUCAAAUACUACAUUGAUUACGUCACACCCGCAUGAAAAAGUCAUCCCCAUUACCAAAGCAAUACAAGGCCCCUCAUGUUUAAUGACGGCUUCUCCAGCAUACGUCAACACCACGGAUCCUAGAAAAUUCAACCCGCUUCAGCGAUAUCUUGUACCAACGCAUAUGGAAAUUGGUCGGGUUACUCAGCCACCCCACUUCCUCAAUUCAAUGAAAGAGUGCGGAGUCUAUUAUGAUUAUGCAAUUCCACGAGCAACCCUGGAUAAUAACACACAACAUUUUGAUGGAUGACACACAAUAACUGGAGUAUCUCCUUUCGUCAAUAUGUUACCACUGACUGCUACCAUAAAAACUAAUUUAACUGAUAAGACCGGGGAUGUAAAUUUAGAAACUUAAUUACCUUUGUAUUGACAGUAAUGUCAAUUCUUAAGAUGCUAGCGCUAAAAUCGUUAAAGUCCGUUAAUGUUUUAAAGGACGUCCAAUGCAACUUUAAAAUAAUAGGUCCCAAUUAUGUAUAAAAAUUAAUUUUUAUUAAAAAAUAAAAAAAUAUUUCAAUUUUAUAAUAAGCAAUAACACAGUGU